UUUCUAACGGAGUAAAGACAGAGGCGCUCUUCGGUAGAGAAGCCUCAACCACUCCCAGACUUGCUUCUCUCUUUUUUAUUUUUUCCCCCUAACUUCUACAACACUUUCGCAGAAUGAGGAGUUAAAAUUAAUACACAUUGAACAAGAAUUUUCGGUCUCCUUUUUAGGGGAAGAUUUUUUUUUCCCUUUUUUGCAGAAAAGGAGGAAAACGGCGAACAAUGCUAUUAAAAUUCAUCUUAACAUGUCUCCUGUUUGGAGCUGUGACACAUGGCCAGGCAUCCAAUCAAGGUUGUAGCAAAAAGACUGAGUGUGCCAUUAACGUGUAUUUUGUCAUCGACACCUCUGAGACCGUUGCUUUGCAACUUCCACCACCUGGCAGUUUGGUAACCUCCAUUACAAGGUUCACAGAAAAGUUUGUUCGAAAACUGGAACCUUUGCAGUCUAGAGGGCCUGUCGAGUUUAAAUGGGAACUAGGAGGGCUGCAUUACUCCGAUCGAGUUGAGAUCUUCAGCCAGAUCACCAGUGACACCAAUGCCUUCAUCCAGCGUCUCAAGAGUAUUUCAUACCUGGGCCGGGGGACCUUCACUGAUUGUGCUCUGUCCAACAUGACAGACCAGGUGGUUAAGCAUGCAUCCAAGGAUAACCGCAUUCGCUUUGCUGUGGUGAUUACUGAUGGUCAUGUGACAGGAACCCCCUGCCGUGGAAUGAAAAUCAAGGCUGAAGAGGCUAGAGACCAGGGUAUCAGACUAUUUUCAGUGGCAGGAAAUGAGAGAUAUGAUGAAGCUGGGCUUAAAGAGAUUGCCAAUACUCCAAUUGAACUUUACCGCAAUUCUUAUCGGGCCAUUGAUGGUCCAACACUGGCAGUUAAUGAAGCUACCAUGGAUCGGAUCAUUAAAGUCAUGCAACAUGAAGCCUAUUCUGAGUGUUACAGACUACAGUGCUUGGAAAAACCCGGUCCAUCUGGUCCAAAGGGUUACAGAGGUCAGAAGGGAGCAAAAGGAGAUAUUGGUGGACUUGGACCAAAAGGUGAAAAGGGUCGACAGGGUGACCAAGGUAUUGAGGGCCCUAUUGGUUACCCAGGUCCAAAGGGUAUCCCUGGUUUGAAAGGCGAAAAGGGUGAAUUGGGAUCAGAAGGCAAAAAGGGUGUUGCCGGCCUGUCGGGGCGUAAUGGAACAGAUGGACAGAAGGGGAAAAUUGGGCGCAUUGGACCUCCAGGCUGUAAAGGAGAUCCCGGAGACAAAGGAGCUCCUGGCCAUGCUGGUAAUGCAGGUGACAGAGGACCUCCAGGAGACAGUGGUCUCAAGGGAGAUCCUGGCCGACCUGGGAAAUCAGGACCCCCUGGCCAACCUGGAGAACCAGGCCAAAGUGGUGAAAGAGGGAGUCCUGGGAUGUCUGGCUUACCUGGACAAAAAGGCACAAAGGGAACAGUAGGAACUCCUGGACCAAGGGGAGAACCUGGACGAAGAGGGGAUUUCGGGCCCAAGGGAAGCCCUGGAACAGUCGGCCCAAGAGGAGAAAAGGGGGACCAGGGGCCUGAAGGACAGAGGGGGCUUCCAGGUGAAAUGGGAAACAAAGGAAGUAAGGGAGAAAUAGGACUUCCAGGACCCAGAGGGCCCCCAGGUGGUUUCGGGGAGCGUGGGAAGAAUGGCUCCCGUGGAGAUCCGGGUGAUGCAGGACAAAGGGGAGAGACUGGAGCAUCUGGACCAAAGGGAGACAAAGGAAGAGCUGGGUUUGGCUAUCCAGGAUCCCGAGGACCUCCGGGAGAUCGGGGUGAACCAGGCAGUCCAGGACCACAGGGCGGAAGAGGGGAGUAUGGGCCGAAAGGACUGCCUGGGGAAUCAGGAACUCCAGGAGACAUUGGUGACCCAGGCCCUGCAGGGGAGCCUGGUGAACGAGGCAUCGGAGGAGAUCCAGGACCAGAUGGAGAACCUGGUCCUGAAGGUGACCCUGGUCUCACGGAAUGUGAUGUCAUGACCUACGUCAGAGAGACAUGUGGAUGCUGUGACUGUGAGAAGCGCUGUGGGCCUUUGGACAUUGUGUUUGUGAUAGACAGCUCGGAGAGUGUGGGACUUACCAACUUCACCUUGGAGAAGAACUUUGUCAUCAACGUCAUCAGCAGACUAGGGUCCAUUGCCAAAGAUCCCAAUUCUGAAGCAGGAACCCGGGUUGGCAUUGUCCAGUACAGCCACGAGGGCACUUUCCAGGCCAUCCACCUCAACGACUCCAAGAUCGAUUCCCUUGCCUCUUUCAAGGAUGCAGUGAAGAGACUGGAGUGGAUCGCGGGGGGCACCUGGACCCCCUCUGCCCUGAAGUUCGCCUAUGACAACCUGAUUAAGGGCAGCAGGCGAGCCAAAGCAAAAGUGUCCGCAGUCGUCAUUACCGACGGGCGCUUCGACCCGCGGGAUAACGAUACCCUCCUGCGCUCUCUGUGCGGUGCUAACAUCUCUGUCCAUGCCAUUGGCAUCGGAGACAUGUUCCACCGCAGGCAGGAGAGCGAGAGUCUGGUGUCCAUCGCCUGUGAGGACAAGAGCCGCGUCACUGGGAUGAACCUGUUUGCAGACUUGGUAGCAGAAGAUUUUGUUGACCAGAUGGGGGAUGUGUUGUGCCCAGAUCCUUAUGUUGUUUGUCCAGACCUUCCCUGCAAAACAGAAAUGGCGGUAUCGGCCUGCACCCAGCGCCCUGUGGAUGUGGUCUUCCUAUUGGAUGGCUCUGAAAGGAUUGGAGAGAAGAACUUCCAGCACGCUCGUGGCUUUGUGGAGAGAGUGGCACGCAGUCUAGUGUUGGCCAGUCGUGACAAUGAUGAGCAGCACGCACGAGUGGCCCUGAUGCAGUACGGCGGAGAGAAUGAGACACAGACCAUAUUCCCUCUGACCUACAACCUUACAACCAUCUUGAAAAGCCUUGGUCAGAUGAAGUACCUGGAGUCCUCCUCUAAUGUGGGCACUGCCAUUAUUUACGCCAUGAACAAUAUCGUGAACAGCCAGGGAAGCCGGCUGUCAAGACGCAACGCUGAGCUCUCCUUCAUCUUCAUCACUGACGGCUUCACAGGCAACAAAAGCCUAGACGAGGCCCAGAUAUCCAUGAGGCGAGCAGAUGCUGUGCCCACAGUGAUUGCUGUUGGUAGCGAUGUGGAUAAUGAUGUGCUCUUGCAAAUUGGACUGGGAGACAGGUCGGCCAUUUUCCACGAGAAGGAGUAUUCUCAGCUCUCAAACGCCAACUUCUUUGACCGUUUCAUCAGGUGGAUCUGUUAGUGUGAAAAUCACCAACCUGCAUUUUUUUAAGCAAGAAAGAAAUAUGCACAGAAUAACACUCCCCAUGUUAUACCCUUUUCUAAAAUAUAUUUUGUAGGGAUUUUUUAGUCAAAGCAAAAUAUUACAAGCUUUUAGGGUUGUUCAGUGCCUUAAAAUUAUUCUUUAAUACUUUCAUUGAGGUGCUAUGGUAGAGGAAGACUGGAGAUGUAAAUGUAAACUUUGUUUUUCUCCAUAAACAUAUACAUAAUUUACCACUAAUACAUCGAUGUAUAGUUUUUUUCCAUAAUUGUUUUUUUUUUAAAAGUCAUUCACUCUCUUGAAUGGAUAGGUUUUGCUUACAGCUUUUUACCUAGACAGCAUUUUAGAAGAGAUUCCUGCUCUCUGGAGAGAAAAUGUCAUUAGUUCUGCUAUGAUUUUUAAAGAUAACAGAAACAUAUUAAGAUUCAUUUUCAGAUAUUCAUAUAUAAAACAUGAUUGAAUUAUGAAUUUAUUCAUGCACUGAUAAUGAGCUAAAAUUAUGGACAGGAGCUGCUUUAUGAGUGUGCUUAAGAUAAAUCUUCAGAUAAUAAUGUUUUAGUAAUACAAGGAUCUUGUAAAUUUUAGAAAAGCAUGAAUACACCUUGGACAUGAAUAAUGUUAACAUACAUUCCUGUUUCUUGAGCGCUUGGCACUUGAAAUAAGUUUUAAAUCACAGAAUUAAUUGGAAAGCUGAAGAAAGUGGCCUGUGGUAAUUAGAUUUUUUGUUAUUAUGCCUGUAGUAUCUUUGUGUUAUACUGUACUACAUGAUUAUAUGGUUAUAUGAGUGCUUAUUUAAAUGCUAUAGGCACAAUUGCAAUAUACACUGCUUGACUGAAACCAGCAACAUAUGCAUGAAAUUAUGCAAGUCACAUAUCACAGUUUAACAAGGUUUAUUUGGCCUGUGUUAACAGAAAGACAUAAAACUGUAUAAAAUGCAUUGUUGUGAAAACAUUGCCAUGGAAAGCCGCCAGUCCAGAGUUUCAACAAAGAAUGAAAUACAAACUGAUUUACAUUAAUAAUUCAUAAUGAUGAUAUUUACCAGAUUAAUCUUAAAAGCAGUUAACCACUCAUUCACUUUGACCUUGGUUUCAUGUCACAUUGAGUACAGCAUGUCUCAGUGGUUAUUACUCUCCAGCAUUGGAAAAUUACAGAUAUGCAUUCAUACAGUCCUCCUACCUUUAAUUUUUAAUAAUAUAAUUAUCAAUGCAUUCACUGUUGAAAGCAUUUUAAAUAGCUAACAUUUACCUAAGUCAUUUGGAUAUGGGCAUCUUUGUAUAGGAUUUUAUUUUUUUCUUGGUUCUGGGUCUUUUUUUAGACUUAUUCUUUUGCAGCAAGAAAAGCACUUACAAAACUUACACAUCAAGAAUUUGUUUUUUUAUAUGUAACUGAUACAAUCUGAAGCCUGUACUCCUCACAUUUAAAUUUUUUGCAAACAUUGACCAUGUUUGCACUCACAGAAUAAACACGUUUUUUUAAACAAUAA